CGUCUGUGAGCAAGUGGGCCGCCGGACGGAGGAGCGGAGAGGGAGCGGAGGAGAGGAGAGGAGGACACGGCAGUAGCGAAGAGAGAAAAAGAGAGAGAGAAAGAGAGAGAGAGAGAGGAAACUCUGCCUUGCGGCUCUGUGUUUUGUGAAGCUGUCGUCGAGCAGGACUUGCUGUUGCAAACACGGACGCAGAGGGACGAACCGAGCUCACCUACAGUGCCUGCAGCUGAAAAGCAGCCACCAUGACGGACGCAGACAAGUUCCUGUACGGGGACCGCAGUGGGGUGAACAGCCCCCUGGCCCAGGCCGACUGGGCCACCAAGAAGCUGGUGUGGGUGCCCUCGGAGAAGCUGGGCUUUGAGGCCGGCUCCGUCAAGGAGGAACAUGGAGAGGAGUGUGUGGUGGAGCUGGCCGACUCUGGCAAGAAGGUGAAAGUGAACAAGGACGACAUCCAGAAGAUGAACCCGCCCAAGUUCAACAAGGUGGAGGACAUGGCCGAGCUCACCUGCCUGAACGAGGCGUCUGUGCUGCACAACCUCAAGGACAGAUACUACUCUGGCCUCAUCUAUACAUACUCAGGUCUGUUUUGUGUGGUGAUCAAUCCAUACAAGUACCUUCCCAUCUACACGGAGGACAUUGUGGAAAUGUACAAGGGCAAGAAGAGGCAUGAGAUGCCGCCUCACAUCUACGCCAUCACAGACACCUCCUACAGGAGCAUGAUGCAGGAUCGUGAGGACCAGUCCAUUCUUUGCACAGGGGAGUCAGGAGCAGGGAAGACUGAAAACACAAAGAAAGUCAUCCAGUAUCUGGCUCAUGUUGCCUCAUCUUACAAGUCCAAGAAAGAUCAGGGCAGUGCAGUUCUGUCACAUGGGGAACUGGAGAAGCAGCUACUGCAGGCCAACCCCAUCCUGGAGGCCUUCGGCAACGCCAAGACCGUCAAGAAUGACAACUCUUCACGAUUUGGAAAAUUCAUCAGGAUCAACUUUGAUGUCAAUGGAUACAUUGUUGGAGCCAACAUCGAAACUUAUCUGCUGGAGAAGUCUCGAGCCAUUAGACAGGCUAAAGACGAGAGGACCUUCCAUAUCUUCUAUUAUAUGCUGUCGGGAGCAGGGGACAAAUUGCGCUCUGAGUUGUGCCUGGAGGACUACAGCAAGUACCGCUUCCUGUCCAACGGAAACGUGACCAUACCCGGCCAGCAGGACAAGGACAUGUUCGUUGAGACCACGGACGCCUUCAAGAUCAUGAGCAUCCCAGAAGAAGAAAGAACUGGUCUGUUGAAGGUGGUGUCAGCUGUGCUGCAGCUGGGGAAUAUGACCUUCAAGAAGGAGCGGCACUCUGACCAGGCCGCCAUGCCUGAUGACACGGCUGCUCAGAAAGUGUGUCACCUGUUGGGCAUGAAUGUGACUGACUUCACACGAGCCAUCCUGUCCCCCAGAAUCAAGGUUGGCAGAGACUACGUCCAGAAGGCCCAGACCCAGGAGCAGGCAGAGUUUGCUGUAGAGGCUCUGGCCAAAGCCUCUUAUGAGAGGAUGUUCCGCUGGCUGGUCAUGAGGAUCAACAAGGCCCUGGACAAGACCAAGAGACAGGGAGCCUCCUUCAUCGGCAUCCUAGAUAUUGCUGGAUUUGAGAUCUUUGAGCUGAACUCAUUCGAACAGCUGUGCAUCAACUACACCAACGAGAAGCUGCAGCAGCUCUUCAACCACACCAUGUUCAUCCUGGAGCAGGAGGAGUACCAGAGGGAGGGCAUCGAGUGGAGCUUCAUCGACUUUGGCCUCGACCUCCAGCCCUGCAUCGAACUUAUUGAGAAACCUGCUGGCCCUCCAGGCAUCCUGGCUCUGCUGGAUGAGGAGUGCUGGUUCCCCAAGGCCACAGACAAGUCCUUUGUGGAGAAAGUGGUUCAGGAGCAAGGCACAAACCCCAAGUUCCAGAAGCCCAAGAAACUCAAGGAUGACGUUGAUUUCUGCAUUAUCCACUAUGCUGGAAAGGUGGACUAUAAAGCGGAUGAGUGGCUGAUGAAAAACAUGGAUCCUCUGAAUGAGUGUGUGGCGACUUUGCUCAACCAGUCAACAGAUAAAUUUGUUGCUGACCUGUGGCGAGACAUGGAUCGUAUUGUUGGCCUGGACAAGGUGGCGGGAAUGUCAGAUUCUAUGCACGGUGCCUUUAAAACCCGCAAAGGCAUGUUCCGCACUGUGGGCCAGCUGUACAAGGAGCAGCUGGGUAACCUCAUGGCCACGCUCAGGAACACCAACCCCAACUUCGUCCGCUGCAUCAUCCCCAACCAUGAGAAGAAGGCUGGUAAGCUGGAGCCCCAUCUGGUCCUGGACCAGCUGAGGUGUAAUGGAGUCCUAGAGGGGAUCCGCAUCUGUAGACAGGGCUUCCCCAACCGCAUCGUCUUCCAGGAGUUCAGACAGAGGUAUGAGAUCCUCACUCCAAAUGCCAUCCCCAAAGGCUUUAUGGAUGGAAAGCAAGCCUGUGUGCUCAUGAUCAAAGCCCUGGAGCUUGACCCAAACCUGUACCGCAUCGGUCAGAGUAAAGUCUUCUUCAGAGCCGGAGUUCUGGCCCACCUGGAGGAGGAGAGAGACAUGAAGAUCACUGACGUUAUCAUCAGCUUCCAGGCCUGGUGCAGAGGAUAUUUGGCCCGCAAAGCCUUCGCCAAGAGGCAGCAGCAGCUCACAGCCAUGAAGGUCAUCCAGAGGAACUGCGCUGCUUACCUCAAACUCAGAAACUGGCAGUGGUGGAGGCUCUUCACCAAGGUGAAGCCUCUGCUGCAGGUGACCCGGCAGGAGGAGGAGAUGCAGGCCAAAGAGGAGGAGCUGGUCAAGGUGAAGGAGAGGCAGCUGCAGGCUGAGCAGCAACUCAAGGAGUAUGAGAUGAAGCAGGAUCAGCUGAACGCUGAGAAGUUGGCCCUCCAGGAGCAGCUGCAGGCAGAGACAGAGCUGUGUGCAGAGGCUGAGGACAUGAGAGCCCGCCUGGCCACCAGGAAACAGGAGCUGGAGGAGAUCCUCCAUGACCUGGAGGCCCGUGUGGAGGAGGAGGAGGAGAGGGUCACCCAGAUGCAGACUGAGAGGAAGAAGAUGCAACAGAACAUCACGGACCUGGAGCAGCAGCUGGAUGAGGAGGAAGCAGCCAGGCAGAAGCUGCAGCUGGAGAAGAUGACCAUGGAUGCCAAGCUGAAGAAGAUAGACGAGGACGUCAUGGUGCUGGACGACCAGAACAACAAGCUGAACAAGGAGAAGAAGUUGUUGGAGGAGAGGAUAUCAGAGUUCACCACUAACUUGGCUGAGGAGGAAGAGAAGUCAAAGAGCUUACAGAAGCUCAAGAAUAAACACGAAGCCAUGAUCACAGAUUUGGAGGAGCGUCUCAGGAAAGAAGAGAAGCAGCGUCAGGAGUUGGAGAAGAACCGACGUAAGCUGGAGGGAGACUCGACCGAGCUCCAUGACCAGAUAGCAGACCUGCAGGCUCAGAUCGCUGAGCUCAGAGCGCAGCUGGCCAAGAAGGAGGAGGAGCUGCUCGCUGCACUGGCCAGGAUAGAGGAGGAGGCUGCAGCCAAGAACACGGCCCAGAAGAAGAUCAGGGAGCUGGAGGCCCAGAUCUCCGAGCUGCAGGAGGACCUGGAGCUGGAGAGACAGGCUCGCUCCAAGGCUGAGAAACACCGCAGGGAUCUGGGAGAGGAGCUGGAGGCCCUCAAGACUGAGCUGGAGGACACGCUGGACUCCACUGCAGCACAGCAGGAGCUCAGGACCAAACGUGAGACGGAGGUUGCCCAGCUGAAGAAGACGCUGGAGGAUGAGGCCAAGACCUACGAACAGCAAAUGGCUGACAUGAGACAAAAACAUAAUCAAGCUUUUGACGAGCUCAAUGAACAGCUCGAGCAAGCCAAGAGGAACAAGGCGUCGGUGGAGAAAGCCAAGCAGGCCCUUGAGAGCGAAUGGAAUGAGUUGCAGAUCGAGCUGAAGACCCUGACCCAAGGUAAAGGAGACUCCGAACACCGUCGGAAGAAGGCAGAAGCCCAAGUUCAGGAACUGCAGGUCAAACAUGGAGAGAGUGAGCGACAGAGGCAGGAGCUGGCAGACAAGCUGACCAAGAUGCAGUCAGAGCUGGACAACGUAAACGGCCUCCUCAGCGAAGCCGAUGGCAAGAACAUCAAGGCCAGCAAGGACUUGUCUUCUGUGGAGUCUCAGCUGCAGGACGCACAGGAGCUGCUCCAGGAGGAGACCCGUCAGAAACUGUCCCUCUCCACCCGCCUGAGGCAGAUGGAGGAUGAGCAGAACAACCUGCGGGAGAUGCUGGAGGAAGAGGAGGAGAGCAAGAAGAAUGUGGAGAAGCAGGUCCACACCCUCCAGUCCCAGCUGUCAGAGAUGAAGAAGAAACUGGAGCAGGAGGCUUCAGCACUGGAAGGGUCGGAGGAGGGCCGCAAGCGUUUCCAGCGGGAGGUGGACAGCGUGGGCCAGCAGCUGGAGGAAAAGUGCGCCGCCUAUGACAAACUAGACAAGACAAAGAAUCGAUUACAGCAGGAGCUGGAUGACCUGAUGGUGGACCAGGACCACCUCAGGCAGAUCGUCUCCAACCUGGAGAAGAAGCAGAGGAAGUUUGACCAGAUGCUGGCUGAGGAGAAGAAUAUUUCCACCCAGUACGCUGAGGAGCGUGACCGGGCCGAGGCCGAGGCCAGGGAGAAGGAAACCAGGGCCCUGACUCUGGCCCGUGAGCUGGAAACCAUGACAGACGUGAAGGACGAGCUGGACCGGGCCAAUAAGCUGCUCAAGGCCGAGAUGGAAGACUUGGUGUCCUCCAAGGACGAUGUCGGCAAGAGUGUCCAUGAGCUGGAGAGGGCGAAGCGUGGCAUGGAGCAGCAGCUGGAGGAGAUGAGAGUCCAACUGGAGGAGCUGGAGGACGAGCUGCAGGCCACAGAGGAUGCCAAGCUGCGUCUUGAGGUCAACAUGCAGGCCAUGAAGGCCCAGUUUGACCGGGACCUGCAGGCCAGAGACGAGCAGGGAGAGGAGAGGAGGAAACAACUCGUCAAACAGGUGCGUGAGAUGGAGGUGGAGCUGGAAGAUGAGCGCAGGCAGCGUUCCCAGGCCCUGUCGACCAGAAAGAAACUGGAGCUUGACCUAGCAGAGCUGGAGACCCAGAUAGACGCUGCUAACAGGGGCCGCGAUGAGGCCCUCAAACAGCUGAGGAAACUGCAGGCCCAGAUGAAAGAGCAGCUGAGAGAGCUGGAUGAGCUGCGUUUGUCCCGGGACGAGGCUCUCAGCGAGGCCAAGGAGAAUGAGAGGAAGCUGAAGUCCAUGGAGGCAGACGCCCUACAGUUCCAGGAGGAUCUGGCUACUGCAGAGAGGAUGAAGAGACAUGCCCAGGCGGAGAGGGAUGAGCUCCAGGAUGAGAUUAACAGCUACAACUCCAAAACCUCCCAGAUGGCAGAUGAGAAGAGGAGGCUUGAGGCUCGCAUUGCCCAGCUGGAGGAGGAGCUGGAGGAGGAGCAGCUCAACUCUGAGAUGGUCAACGACCGCAUGAAGAGAACCACACUGCAGGUUGAGCAGCUGACCACAGAGGUGUCUGCAGAGCGCAGUACCUCUCAGCGUCUGGAGGGGGCGCGUGCCCAGCUGGACCGCCAGAACAAGGAGCUGAAGUUGAAGCUGCAGGAACUCGAGGGAACCGUCAAGUCCAAGUACAAAUCCACUAUUGCUGCCCUGGAGGCUAAGAACGCUCAGCUGGAGGAGCAGCUGGACAUUGAGUCAAAGGAGCGUCAGCAGGCAUCCAGGCAGUGCAGACGGACGGAGAAGAAGCUGAAGGAGGUGUUGCUGCAGGUUGAUGAUGAAAGGCGCAACACGGAGCAGUACAAAGACCAGGCUGACAAGCUGAACAACCGAAUGCGCCAGCUGAAGCGUCAGCUGGAGGAGGCGGAGGAAGAGGUAACGCGAGCCAACGCUUAUCGCAGGAAGCUGCAGAGGGAGCUGGACGACGCUACUGAGUCAGCAGACGCUAUGAACCGCGAAGUCAGCAGCCUGAAGAGCAAGCUCAGACGUGGGGACUUGCCUUUGAACAUGAGACGUGUCUUCAAUCGCGGCCUGGACAGCGAUGAGGACGUGGACGUACCGAGCGAACCGUCCGAGCCCACGCCCGAGUGAACUGGAAGACCGCAACAGUCAAGUGUCAGUCAGCAUGCGAGUAUAGAUAAAUAUUGUUAACCGUACAAGCUAUCAAACAGAUAUUUUCUGAAAGCAUCUAGCCUUUUCUUCCCUUGGACAUCUACCCUCUAGCCUUACUGUCACAUUCCAUAUAUUACAAUAUCUUUAUAUCUGGCCAAAUAAUCUAUUCAUCUCAGUGAAUUCAAGUGAUACUGCUUUUCUGUAAACUCUUUCUAAGGUACUCUGUCUUGCUCUAUUUUUCUACAUGGCUGGUGGAUGAUAAAAUACUGUUUGGAGAUGUAAUUACAACUGCUUUUGUAACAGCCACUGCAGUCACAUUAGUUUGUGCUUGAGGUUUAUAUGCUGUUACUUUGCCGCUGUGAGGGGAAAAAAAAGAAAAAGAAAAAACACUGGUGAUUUUUAUGCUUUGUUUUGCACACAGUUUUUGGGGCUUCUGGGGAGUUUUGAUGCAGUCAAAAAAAAAAAAAUGCAGUUCACAUGCAGUUAUUGAUUAGUGUUGAUAAAAUCCAUGAAUUUGUACUGUAUUUUUCCAUCACUGUUUCAUAUCAGUCAUAUUAUUACCUCAAAACUGCACAUUGCCAACAGGGAGAAUGUGGAUAUAAGAUUGGAAUAUGUUUAGUUGUUCUUCACCAUGGUAUAGAGAUAAAAAACAGCAAUAUUACAGCAAAGUGUCAUCACAAACUUUUGUUAUAUCAUUGGUAGCUAGCCUGGUGUAUCAUUUCUCACUGGUUUUACUCUUUAUUCAUUUUUGGUGGUGGGUCAUUAUGUUGUCACUAUCACUGUGCUUCCAUGCUUUUGCACAGCACAAGGGGGCUUCUACAUGCACAGUAGUUUUUGAAUGUUGCAUCAGAGUUGAACCCCGUCUAUUUUUCAGGUUAUGGAUGAUAUCCUAACACUGUAUUGUCAAAGGGAUUACAUGUGAUUAUAUUGAUGCCAAUGUUUCAAGGCUAUUUUAUAUUUUAUCAGAUGCUAUAUUGCAAUAAAAUGACUGAGUAUCACUGCAUUUCUGUGUGGGAUUUUUAACUGUUGCAUCACUGAAAACCCACAUUAAACAGUUUUUGUGAUUGA